ACAAAACCUAUAUGCCUAUACGCAUUGUAAGAACAAGCUGUUAUCGUUAUUAUUCUUCUUGUUUUACAUAAUUAUUCAAGCUUCCAACUCUUGAUCAUGGCUUCUUUUGGUUCAAUUUCCCCAAUCUCUGUUGCCACUCUACCUUACACCGCCAAGGGCAGAAGCACAACUUGCCAACUCAAUGGAUUCUUUAGAAUUGAAGGGCCAGUGGUCAAGGGGCUAAGACUUGUACCAAAGAUUGCGAUCACCAAGGCAGGAGGAAGAUCAUUUGCACUCCCUAGUUGCACUAAGACUACAAUCUCAUGCGCCAUUGCUCAACCAGAGACCCUGCUAACUGUGCAAAGCACAAUUGCCAAGCAACUCUCCAUUGAUGAAAGCACUGUGCUUCCCGAAACAAAGUUUGUCGAUUUGGGGGCGGAUUCUCUCGACACAGUUGAAAUCCUAAUGGCUUUGGAGGAGAAGUUCGGUGUGUCCGUCGGAGAAGGAGGAGCUGAGAACAUCGCAACCGUUCAAGACGCUGCUGAUCUGAUUGAGAAAGUGAAAUCUGGUUCAACAUAGGGACCUCCAGAGUUGAUAUAAAAAAAAACAAUACCUUGUUUCUCAGUCAAGUUUUGUUUCUUUUUCCCCCCUUCAUUUUCCAUUUAGAUUAAGUCAAACUCGAAUGCGGUAUAAGGCUCGAACAGCAACACUCUUGAAUAUUCAAGAUGUCAAUUUUCAUAAUUAUUGUGUGUAAUCCACAUAAGAAGUUUUACUCAAAGCCAGAAUAUCUGAUCGAAUGUUUGAAUUUUA